CCGGCGGCGUAGUGGUUAGCAAGUCUUCAAGCAGGAAAAAGCGCCAACUUGUGUAGCGCUGCAUUAAGAGUCAAACACCCAUGUUAAGGAAGAAGAGGACAAAUGUGUUCAACUGGGGUAAUAUAUUAUACAUAAGAAUGGAGAGACUCGCUUAGUGGGGCUCGCUGUUGCACCUGAGUAGAAGACGAACGCUGGGAAUCCGGGGGAGAAGAUGCCAGGCCUGCAGGGAGAGAAUGUCGUGGCCACGCAGGGGAGCCCCACGAAGAGGAGUAAACUCUCCCUGAAGUUUUUUCACAAGAAGGAAACCAAACGGGCUCUGGAUUUCUCUGAAACUCAGACAGAAGAGCCCAAACUCACAGAAUCAGAAGAACUUGAGGGAAGCUGUGAACAGGUGGUGUACGGUCCACUUCCAGCUUCACCAGGCAAUCAUCUGCCACGUGAGAAGAAGGAGAACUUGUUGCCCUUUGUGGGGCUCAAUAACCUCGGUAACACUUGCUAUUUGAACAGUGUGUUACAGGUUCUCCAUUACUGCCCGGGCUUCAGAGAGGGUAUAAAGACGCUCUACGAUCUGUCCAAAUGUCAGGAGAAGCCCAAGGAAGAGGCAGACGAAAAAGAAAAGUCAUCAGACUGUUCUUCCGAGACUCUGCCGGCUCCUGUUGAGCUCCUCGGAAGCCUCAACAGUUUGAUAACGUCCAUAGAGGAGCUGCAGUCCAGCUUCCUGCUCAGCUCUGAGAGCUGCCCCGAAGGAGAGCUGGCCACGCCCCCCCGUACAGUUCUGCAUACCCUCAGGCGGCUGAACCCCAUGUACGAAGGCCAUCUCCAGCACGAUGCUCAAGAGGUUCUGCAAUGCAUUUUGGGAUAUAUCCAGGAGGCCUGUGACACCAUCAGGAAGGAGCGCGGGGAAGAAACAGAUCUCGGUAAAGUGAAGACGGAGAACGACAUCCAUUCGAUUCCGAGCUGCUCGGACACACAAUCCACACCGAACACUGACGAGGACGGCCAAGUCACCGGCAAGAGGAAGAGCGACACCGAGGUGGGAAACGUCAAGAAGAAGCCGAAAUCCGGCAAAUCGAAGAAAGCAGAAACCGCAGAGGAAAACGACACAAGCAAACCCUUCACUCGCUCCAAGAGAAAGUCCUCCAGUGACGCGACGUUCCCUCAGAACAAAAACGGAGCGGAGCUCAAAGAUGGGGGGAACGAAGAAGAGGAGAGGGAGGAAAAAGAGCCUAAAGACACGGAUGGGAAGCGGAAGAAGAGAGCCAAGCUGAGCUGGCUGAAAGCGUCUGGGAAGCAGCCGAGCAUUUUCUCCAAGUUCUGCAGCGUGGGAAAGAUCAGCUCCACAUUUGGAAAGAACAACAAAACAGAGCCGGAGGACCAACGGAGGGACGAGGAAAAUGACGACAAAGGACGAGAUGGAUCUCCAUUGUCUGAAAACGAGAAGACGGAGAAACAUAAAGGGAGUCUGGGCCUGAUGGAGCAGCUGUUCCAGGGCCAGCUGGUUCUGAGGACCCGUUGUCUGGAAUGUGAGAGCUUCACGGAGCGAAGAGAAGACUUCCACGAUAUCAGCGUCCCGGUGCUGGAUGACCAGGCCAGCAGCCCGGACGACUUCUCUGAGGUCUCUCCAGAUCCUAAACCCGAGCUGAGGACUCUGAAAUGGGCCAUCGCUCAGUUUGCCUCAGUGGAGCGCAUCGUUGGAGAGGACAAAUACUUCUGUGAGACCUGCCAUCACUACACAGAAGCAGAGAGAAGUCUUCUGUUCGACAAAACUCCUGAAGUCAUCACGAUUCAUCUGAAGCGCUUCUCUGCCAACGGCUUAGAGUUGGAUCCGUAUGCGGGCCUCUCUAAAGUCAACACUCCCCUCCACACACCUUUGACCUUGUCUCUGGAGGAGUGGAGCACUAAACCCUCCUCCGCUAAAGGCCUGCACUACCAGCUCUUCGCUGUGAUCAUGCACAGCGGCGUCACCAUCAGCAGCGGCCACUACACCUCCUACGUCCGCAUGUCCAGCCUGAAAGACCAGAAGCUCUGGCUGCACGACGCAAAAGAAACGGACCUGAAAAAAGAGAGGAAAGACGGUGCGGCGGACUACGACGACGGCGAGGUGUCUUUUAGUCAGAAGAGGCGCGCCAGUUUGGGUGCCUCUAAAUCAGCCAGCAAAAAGCUUUCGGAGGGUGUUGGACUCCUGGGAGGACAGAGGAGUUUGCCAAAUUGUGAACUUGAAAACGGCAGCAAACGCUCGGAGAAGGCCGGCGGCAGCUCAGCGCCAGAGGGAUCCAGACGGAGGAGGAGCACAAACAGCGCCAAGCACAAUGCCGCCACCGGACUGAAAAAAGAGCCAGAGGCCGCAGAGGAGGCAGCACCGACUUCCUCUGCAUCCGCAGAGCAGCGACCUUUAGCUGACCUUCUGAAAUACGAGGGCAAAUGGCUCCUGUUCGACGACUCGGAGGUGUGUUUAUUGGAGGAGGAGGACUUCCUGCGAGCGUGCUCUCCGGAAACCUGCUCGUCAUCCACACCCUACCUGCUGUUUUAUAAAAAGAUCCCCGAAGACCAACUCUAGGAUUCCUCAAAGCCCACCCAGAUUUUAAAUGUGUAUUUUUGUAGUUCCUGUAGUGCCAAAAAACUUUUUUUCCCCUUUGAUCAUUCUUCAAAGAAGGUGACUUUUUGACCUGCAAAUGCUGGUUUUGUUUUUACUGUCUGCACAGGAAGCAGUAGAUUUGAUUGACCUUAUUCUCUCACCUCUUGUUGUUUUUUGGGAAACAAAGCACUUUAAAGGGGUCCGAAAUAAAUUUUUAAUGAUGACAGAAAUUCUUUUGUUAGAAUUUUCUUCUGCACCUUUUUCCAGCAAAACAAGAAUUUUGUUUAUAGGGUUUUUGUAACAAACACUUCUUAAAUAAAUACUGUUUCUAUUAUAAUUAUACACCAAAUAUUCCUUAAAUAUCUACAGUUGAUCUGAAACUUCAACUACAAUAUAAGGGUGUAGCUAUAGACACACAGCCACAGAUAUUGAAGGAGUAUUUGUUGUGUGCAGUGAUCAGAUAACCUGAAAUGACCUGUAUGACAGUGUGAAAGCUAACUUUUCUCUGAAAAUCAGAUUUUUUUAAAACUAAAUUAUGUUCUCAAAUCUUAAUGCAGACGUACAACUUGAGCAGGUUUGUGAUGAGGCCAGUAAAAAUGAUACAAUUUUAUUGUUUGUAACAAUCAUUCAUCUACAAAAACUUGUUGAUUUUUUGUGUAAUUGUUUUUUGUUCCAGAAGAUUCUCUACUAGACGCAGCUCUAUACUGAAAGCGGGCUGUUUUUGUCCCAACCUGAUGUAAUAGUUGUUUACCAACAGCAACAGUUUGUUUGUGUUUACAUUUUACUUCGUUGUAAGACUUUUCUGAUGUGAAAUCAGCUUAUAAACGUGUUUUAUAAAGUGUAAUUUUCCUAUUA